AUGGAUGAUAUCGCAAACAUUAUAGAACGGUACCAUAUUGGGGAUUUAAUUGAAACUGGCGCGACUGCUCGUGUGUUUGAAGCGAUUCGCUGUACUGACAAAAAGGUUUUCGCCAUGAAAGUCGUCAAAAACGUUAAGGGGCUUACUUCGUUUCCAGAAGAAAUAGUAUUCAACCAAACGUUGAAAGCAUCUGGAAUCAAAGGUGUCAUUAACAUGCACGAGUACGCUCUCGACUACGAAAGAGACGGAUACGUGAUGAUCAUGGACUACAUGCCAAUAGACUUACACACGUAUGUGUCAAGCCGUCAAACACCGAUGACCGAAGACGAAUGCUGUAACAUCAUCAGUCAAAUAGUCAACAUUCUACUUCACAUGCAAAAUGUUGUUUGCGUGCAACAUAUGGACCUUAAAAUGGAGAACGUGUUGAUAGAUCCUGAAACGAAAGAGGUUAAACUCUGUGAUUUCGGACAUUUAGCGCAAAUAGCACAUUUGUGGACGGAUUCAACAUCGAUAGGGACGAAAUGUUACUGGGCACCAGAAACUAUUAAGGAAGGAAGAUUCUACCCAAAGAGAACCAUAGUAUGGCAAGUUGGCAUUCUCGCUUAUGACCUCUUACAAGAAAUUCCAUGGGAUGUGUACAAAGACGGAAACCUGCAAGACUUGACUUUUGAACGUUAUAAGUCUGGCAAGGCCGUGGAAUUUAUUCAAGUUUGCCUAGAACCAGACGUGCGCAACUUGUAUUGGGCGUUAUCGCACGCAGCAACAUGGGAUUCAUACGAUAUCUUUAUGUCUAUUCUGAAUAAAGAUGUCACAUUUAGUACAGUUACCACCGCCGAUAUAACCGCUACUAUCAUUUUUAUGGUUUCGGUCGGCAUGGUUAGAAUCAACCCGGUCUAUUUUGUCAAUUGCAUUCAAGGUAAUCCGUUUUACAUCCAGGAAAUUAUAAGUCAAUACUGGUUUCGAAAAGGCCUUCGAUACAUAGAGUUACACGAAGAGAAACGAUUCAAGCCAGUUGAUCGAAUGGAAAAUCGUAAAAUUGAAUAUAUGAAGAUGUGUUCAACUAUUGAGUUUUAA